UGCUUGUGUUGGAGCUCGUUGUGUUUUCACGGUUUGUGUGUUGUACGAGGGGGGGACGCGCACGUGAGUCCGUGAGAGGAGCGUGUGGAGUCGGUUCAUCCUGACGCUCACACCCGCAGCUUUAACCCCGGGGAGCCUCCUCAUGAGCGGCUGUCUGGUCUCAGUGGACCGCGAGUUAGCAGCUGCUGCCGCCGCCUGACCCGCUCCUCCUGCGGGGGAAAGUUUGCUUCCUCUCGGAGGCUGCGGAGCUGAGCUGGAAGUGUCGGGACUCUACACCUCAACAACUGCGACAUCGCCCCGCCGUCGACGUGCCUCCUCUGCCUCGAUCCGGUCCCGGUUGUUCCCGUUGCCUCCUCACAGCCGGGCCCUUCCAGCCCAACUCCUCCAGAACCGGAUCAUUGUCUUUGUCGCAGCCCGACGGCUCUCAAAAUAAACUGUGCAAACACGAGCCGGGCUCAGUAUGUCGGAUGAAGAUUCCCGUGCCAGCACCGGCUCUUCCUCUUCCUAUACUCAUCAGCAUCAUCAUCAUCAGCCGCCGCCGCAGCAGCAGGAGGAGGAGCAGCUGACCCCCCCAAAGAAACGUGACAGCAAAGCCAGCAUGAGCAAGACCUCCAAGCUCCUCUCCACCAGUGCUAAAAGAAUUCAGAAGGAGCUGGCCGACAUCACACUGGAUCCACCGCCAAACUGCAGCGCCGGCCCUAAAGGAGACAACAUCUACGAGUGGAGGUCGACCAUCCUGGGCCCUCCAGGCUCCGCGUACGAGGGAGGAGUGUUUUUCCUGGACAUCGCCUUCACACCAGACUACCCCUUCAAACCACCCAAGGUGACGUUCCGCACCAGGAUCUACCACUGUAACAUCAACAGUCAGGGGGUGAUCUGUCUGGACAUCCUGAAGGACAACUGGAGUCCUGCCCUCACUAUCUCCAAGGUCCUGCUGUCCAUCUGCUCCCUGCUCACUGACUGCAACCCUGCCGACCCCCUGGUUGGAAGCAUCGCCACACAGUACACAACAAACAGACCUGAACAUGACAGGAUAGCCAAACAGUGGACCAAACGCUACGCCACAUAAUCACCAGAGGGGCUGCUGCUCGGAUGAGUCAGGGAUGCUGUGGGGGGGAUUUUUAUCUCAAAAGUCUUAACUCCUGUCUUUUUGUUGUCAUUUAUUUUAUUUUAUUGUCUCCAGCCUAACUAUAAUCAAAUUUGUCAAUAAUGCAUUUAAGGUUUUCGCUUGUUUUUUUUUAGCUUGGGCUUGAAGGAUGAAUGUAUAUAUACUAAAAGUUAAGUAAAAACUGUCACAGCAGGAUGCCCUAAUUCUGUAUAAAUUCUCACAUGCAUUAAAAGUUCUGGUUGGAGUUUGCUUCCCCCCCCCAUAGUGUUUGACACAUGUAGACAUGUUUGGAUAUGGAUGGAUCCUGGUUGUGACAUGUGCUCUGUUCUGAUGACAAGUUGUUCCCUCUCUCCCUUAAAGACUUAAACACGACCAACUGAAGAAACAUCCAACUUGGUUGAAUCGUUUGAAACAUGUUCACUUCACCACCAGAAUAAAGCUCUGACAGGAUGUGUUAUGAAGAGGUUUUAUUUUCAUUCAGCACAUUUUAAGACCGAUUAGAGCACAGAGCAGUUUAAUGUUAGUUUGACUUCAGUCUUGAUGUCACUACCUCUGUUCUACUAGCAGCACAAUAAUGUUUUUACUAGGGAUGCACGAUAUGGAUUCUUCCAGCCGAUACAGAUAAUUUCAUGAUUCUUAAAAAGAAGUUCAUAGCAUUUAGUGUUUGCACACCAGAGGGUUAAAUUGCAAAAUAUAGUAAGCAGAAUUAAAAUCCUGUUAACA